AUGGGACUGAUUACAUAUCUCCUUAGAAAUUCGACGUCAAGGUUAGGCAUUCCAGCGACAGCUACUCUUUCAGAGAUCAAUGAGGAUGGAAACUGGCUGCUCCCUCCUGCUCGUUCAGAAGAACUUCUAAACCUCCAAGUUUAUCUUACUGAACUCACAUUAACUGCAGGAAAAGACCGUUAUGAAUGGGUGCUGGAAGAUAAACCUCUAACUAAGUUUGUGACUGGAGAUGUCUAUACUAAGCUGAAGGGGGAGACUCAAACAUUACCAUGGACAAAAUUGGUGUGGAUCAAAGGUGGUGUCCCUAAACAUAGUUUUCUCACUUGGCUCUUUGCUCUUGACCGAUGUCCAACUCGUGAUCGCCUCCUCCGAUGGGGCCUGCAAACAGACUCUAACUGUCUUCUCUGCAACAUGGCUGAUGAGUCUCGGGACCAUCUUUAUUUUCUGUGCCCUUUUGCGUGGAGUCUAUGGACAUUAGUGGCGCAAAGAUGUAGGCUUGUCUCCGACAGACGUUGGGAUCACUGCCUCACUCAACUACAAUCACUAUCAGGCAACAAAUAUGUGAGAAGGGUUACCUUGUUGGGAUGGCAAUCAACCGUUUAUUGGAUUUGGAGUGAAAGGAACAAUAGACUACAUCGAAACUCUUACCGCACGGUGGAUGCUCUGUUUCGUCUUCUCGACAGACAAAUUAGAGAUAAGUUUUUGAGUCAUCGUGAUCACAAUCCCCUUCUGGCGUCGAAACUUAUGCAAAUCUGGCUCCCAUCUGAUUGA